ACAACGAAAUUACCACAGUGGCAAUCGUCACUGGCAGAGAGCAGAGGCUUCUGGGCGGAAGACGGACUCUCUGGAGGUGGAAAUGACAUCCUACGUGCUGCUGGCGCUGCUCUCAGGCCCCUCCAUGCCAGGCUUUGGGCUGGACUACUCCACCGCCAUCGUCCGCUGGCUGGCCCAGCAGCAGAACCCCUACGGAGGUUUGCUUCCACACAGGACACAGUGGUAGCACUGCAGGCCCUGGCCAAGUACGGUGCUGCCACCUUCAGUCCAGAGGGCGCAGUGCAGUCAGUGUGAGCUCUCCGGAGGCCUGAAUAUGGAGUUCACUGUGAAUCAGAACAACAGGCUGCUCUAUCAGGAGGAGCAGCUGAAGGAGGUCCCUGGGGACUACAACAUCAAGGCACAGGGCAAGAGCUGCGUGUUUGUGCAGAUCGCCAUGCACUACAAUAUUCCCCCUCCUCCUGAUUUCUCURCUUUUAACAUCUCAACAGAGACRCUGGGGAAAUGCGACGGCACCAAGAAAUCUCUGAUUGUGUCUGUGGAUGUAAGGUACAACGGUCGGCGAGAGGAGACCAACAUGGUGAUCAUCAAUGUCAAGCUUCUCUCCGGCUUCGUCCUGGACAAGUCCUCCCUCAGGCCUUUGAAAAAWGACCCCACUGUCAAGCGAGUUGACCUGGAGGAAGGACAUGUCAUAAUCUACCUAGAUGGGCUGAAGCAGAAGGAAACUAAGACGUACAGCCUGGCCAUAGAGGAGGAUGUGCCUGUGAGGAAUCUGAAACCAGCUGUGGUGAAAGUGUAUGACUACUACCAGACAAGUGAUGAAGCUGUGAGUGAAUACAGCUCCCAUGUGCAGAGAGUGAUGAAAUCAAUGAAGUGUGACAGACAGAGAGCCAAUCACAAGCUGACUGGACCAUGUCUCAAACAAUUGUUUCCUAUCAAGGAAGUCAUGUUUUUAGGUAGAGUUCAUAAAACCGCUACAUUUAUUAUAUUUGAUGCUUACAGUUCAUGGUACCGCAUUGACCAACUUGUGAUCUGUUUUUAACAUAAUUUUUUUAAUAUGUUUAAUACAUGGGCCUUAAAAUGUACCUUUUUAAUUCAGUUUUUUUUUUUAAACUGUAACCCUAAAACUGCUAUUACUAAAGUGAUUAUGUGAGAUCGUUAUUUCAAAAGUAGCAUUUCAGUGUUUCUACUGCGAUGAUGAGAAUGCACAUGACUGCAUCUACUGAAAAUGAAAUGCAUGUUUUAAUAAAACCAUGACCAUGUUGCUAUGAUUUCAAAC